GGUGAGCGUGGGCAUGCGUGUUGGAAUGGGGCGGGAGACAGCAGGGGGAGGGAGGAAGGGACAGACGGGAAGAAAAGUUUAAUUUCACUUUCACUUUUGAGGCGCGCUCUCCACCAUUAGCCUGGAGCACAGCUAAGUGAGUAAACAGAUUGGGAAAAAAGCCUAUCAGAACGACAGACACACUCUCAGCUGUCAUGACCUUCCAGUACCCCGCCGCAAGACGCGAUGAGAAGAAGGUGGAUGACUAUCAUGGGGUCAAGAUCUCGGAUCCCUAUGCCUGGCUAGAGGACCCUGAUAGUGAGGAAACCAAGGCUUUUGUGGAGGCACAGAACAAACUGACAAUGCCUUUCCUGGAGAAGUGUACCGUGAGACCGCUUUUCCACAAGCGACUCACUGAGCUCUAUGACUACCCCAAAUACAGCUGCCCCUACAAGAGGGGGAACAGGUACUUCUACUUCCACAACCAGGGCCUGCAGAACCAGGACGUACUCUACGUGCAGGACUCUCUAGAUGCCGCCGCCACUGUGUUCUUCGACCCAAACGCCCUGUCUGAAGACGGAACUGUGUCCCUAAAGAUGGGACGCUUGUCUGAAGAGUGCGAGUACUUUGCGUAUGGCCUGAGCACCAGCGGCUCUGACUGGGUGACGGUGCGCUUCAUCAAGGGAGACGAUCUGAGCCCACUGCCUGAUGUGCUGGAGAGGGUCAAGUUCAGCUGCCUGGCCUGGACCCAUGAUGCAAAGGGUGUAUUUUACAACUGCUACCCUCCCCAGGGUGGAAAGGCAGAUGGCACAGAGACAACAUCAAACCUCAACCAGAAGCUGUACUACCAUGUGAUAGGCACCAGCCAAUCAGAGGAUAUCCUGGUGGCUGAGUUUCCUGACAACCCAAAAUGGCACAGUGGCGUGACGAUCUCUGAUGAUGGUCGCUAUGCUGUUCUGUCCAUCACUGAAGGCUGUGAGCCGGUGAACCGGUUAUGGUACUGUGAUCUGCAGCAGCUACCCAAUGGGAUCACUGGGAUGCUCCCGUGGGUUAAGCUGGUGGACAACUUCGAGGCCCAGUACUCGUACGUCACCAACGAGGGCAGCGUCUUCACCUUCCGAACCAACCUGCAGGCACCGCGCUACCGGCUCAUCAACAUCGACCUGCAGAAGCCCGACCCAGCCCAGUGGACCGCCCUCAUCCCUGAGCACCCCAAAGACGUCCUUGGUAUUGUGGCCUGUGUGAACCAGCGCCAUCUCCUGGUGAACUACGUGCACGACGUGAAGGACGUGCUGCAGCUGCGAGAGCUGUCCUCGGGCAAGCUGAUCCGGGACCUGCCCCUGGAUGUGGGCACAGUGGCGGGCAUCAGCUGCAAGAAGAAGCACCCCGACUUCUUCUACAAGUUCACCUCCUUCACCACGCCAGGGAUCAUCUACCACUGUGACCUGGGCCAGGCUGCUCCGGAGCCCCGCGUCUUCAGGGAGGUGGAGGUGAAGGGCAUCCAGCAGGAGGACUACCAGACCUCGCAGGUGUUCUACCCCAGUAAAGAUGGAACACAGAUCCCCAUGUUCCUGGUUCACGCCCGUGGCAUCAAGAGAGAUGGAACGCACCCCGUCUUCCUGUACGGUUACGGAGGCUUUGAACACUCCAUUCAGCCACAUUACAACGUGUCGUACCUGUUGUUCGUCAGACACCUGGGCGGCAUUCUGGCUGUGGCCAACAUCCGCGGAGGGGGAGAGUAUGGCCAAACCUGGCACAAAGGUGGCACUCUUGGAAACAAGCAGAACUGUUUUGACGACUUCCAGUGUGCUGCUGAGUAUUUGAUCCAGGAGGGUUACACCACGGCCAGCCGCAUAGCCAUCAAUGGAGCCUCCAACGGGGGACUGCUCGUGGCGGCAUGUGUGAACCAGCGGCCGGAGCUGUUCGGCUGUGCUGUGGCUGAGGUUGGCGUAAUGGACAUGCUCAAGUUCCAUAAAUUCACCAUCGGACAUGCCUGGACCACCGACUACGGCUGCGCAGACAAGCCUGAGGAGUUCCAGUGGCUCAUCAAGUACUCCCCUCUCCAGAACCUCCCCCCUGCUCCGCGGGAUGGGCCCCCGUACCCGGCCAUGCUGCUGCUGACGGCGGACCACGACGACCGGGUGGUGCCCCUCCACACGCUCAAGUACGUGGCAGCCCUCCAGCACGGCGUAGGGUGCAGCCCUGGCCAGCAGCAGCCCCUGCUGGUGCGCGUGGACACCCGCAGCGGCCACGGCGCCGGCAAGCCCACCACCAAAGCCAUCCAGGAGGACGCCGACAUCUACUCCUUCGUCGCCCAGGUGCUGGGUAUCAGCUGGAGGGACUGAGAGAGAGAGAGAGAGAGAGAGAGAGAGAGAGAGAGGGAGGGAGAGGAAACAUACAGAUACACAACUGAACAGAACAGAUCUGGUGGAAACAAUCGAAUAAGCAAUAAACAACGUGUACACAUCUGAUUUCUUUUCCUCUUUUCUUAACAUAGCACUCAAAAUUCACGGUUAUUCUAAAAUACAGUCAACAUCAAAAGAAAGUACUUUUGUCAAAAAUAAAACUUUUACUACCACUGCCAAAUAAAAUCAUGAUUCUCAA